UCUGUGAAGAAGGCAGCAAACGAAGCGUAUGUUGCAUUAAGAGAAAAUGUCGUGAAGAAUGUUCACGAGGAGUAUUUCAGAACAGGAUACGCAUGGGAACAGUAUAAUGAAGAAACUGGUAGCGGGCAAAGAACUCGUCAUUUCUUGGGUUGGACUUCGUUGGUUAUUUUGAUGAUGAAAAUGCCUCGAGAAAUCAUCUAGUUUCACGAAAAACUUUAGAUAGCUGAGCCUUUUAUUUUUUCAUAUAACUGACUCUUUAUAUAUUUACAAGACAGCACCUUUCUUUGUUUUAUUCCACCUAGCGAGUUAGGGACACCUUACCUGAGUUUUACACAGCCAGAACCUAAAUGUCAUCAAAGAAAAAACAAGUUGAGAAAGUUGAUGCUGAGCAAGGUAUGUAAUUAGCCCAAUAAUAAUGGUUCAUCUAUCUAUUGAGCACAAAUACUAACCAAGCAGCAAAAAUGCACACUUUUUUGUAAAAGCGAGAGAAAUGAUCUUGGAGUAUAUGAAGAAAGAAUAUAGACCAUAUGGUGUAACAGAUCUUAUCCUCAAUUUACAUAACAAGGUCAACAAAACCAUGAUGACAAAACUUCUAGAUGAUAUGGUUGAGGAACAAAAGUUGAUUGUAAAACGAUACGGAAAGUUAAGCUUUUAUUGUUAUUCCGAACUCAAAUGUGAUGAAAAUGUCAAGCCGAUUGACUUUGAAACAUUGGGAGCAUUAAAACAAGAGCUUGGAGAAUAUGAAAAUGACUCCGCUGAGCACAAAAAGAGUAAGAGCAAUUGAGUUUCCACUUUGAAUUACUACGUAGAUCCAUGAAUACUAACAAAAAUUUAUCAAUUGCAGGAAUUACACAAUUGAAAAACGAGUUAACCGAUGAUCAAUUAAAAGAAAAACAAAAGGCUUUGCAAGAAACCAAUGAAGCUUUAAAAAAAACGAUACAGGAUUGCACCAAGAAGGAUUCCAAUGUCAGCAACGACAUCAAAAUGCAGAUGGAGAAAAUUGACCAAGAGGAAAGGCAAUUGAUGAAAAAAUUCAAGCCACUGAAGAAGAUCGUAAGUGUCUAAUCUGGGAUGGUUCUCAUUUUACUGACAAUUUAGAGACAAUGAUACUAACAGCAAUGGAAAAAUUAUAGCAUGAUGAGAUGAUCAAGACGCUCAAAGAUGGAAUGGAAGGAUUUGAUAAAAAGAU